AUGCCUGAGAUGGUGAAUAGCACACCCUCUAAUUCCUCCACAGCUUCAACAAGAACUGUGCUUCUCCUUUUGAGGGUCUUAACCUUUGUGUUCCUUCUCAUUGCUCUCAUCCUCAUUGCCAUAGUCAAGCAAACUGAUGCUGAAACUGGUGAACAAACCAAGUUUAGUGAUGUUUAUGCUUAUCGAUAUAUGAUAUCGACGAUAAUCAUUGGAUUUGCGUAUAAUCUGCUGCAAAUGGCGUUCUCAAUCUUCACUGUGGUAUCAGGAAACCGUGUAAUAAGCGGUGAUGGUGGCUAUUUGUUUGAUUUCUUUGGUGACAAGAUCAUAUCAUACUUUCUGAUUUCGGGUUCAGCUGCUGGAUUUGGUUUGACCAUAGAGUUGGGUAGAGGUGCACCCUCCAACUCAUUCACUGACAAGGCAAACGCUUCUGCAAGCCUUCUCCUGAUUGGAUUUUUGUUCACUGCCAUUGCAUCAACUUUCACUUCCUUUGCUUUGCCAAAGAAACCUAAUAAUUAA